AAAAAAAAAAAAAAAAAAAAAAAAAAAAAUAAGAUUUUAAAAAGUGGAUUACUGCUCUGACAUUGAUUUUUAUGCUAUUUCUUAGAAGAGUGAUGAAAAAUACCUGAUGCAAACUUCUUACUUGCAGCGGUAGUCUUAAAAUUAAUCUUCAUAAUAGAAUUGUCAGAUGUUCGAGGAAGUCUAUAAAAUAUUCUAGUUUUAUAAGUACUUGUCAUUAGUGAUGAAGACUCACUUGAAAAGUCCAGUCAAGUGUGCAUCAUACUUCUGUAUAAAAAUUCAACUUCCCUAUUUUAUUUACAUGUAUUAUUUCACGGUGGAAUAACUAAGUUUACAUGUAUAUAAAGUUGCAUAUCAAUUAAAGAAGCAUUGUGAGCAGUUAAAACAACGAAGUCAAAUUCCAAAAAGGGAUGUCCGGCAUAGCGGUGACACUAGAAUUGAAGGGUAACAAUGUGUUUCUGGCAGGAGAACGUGUACAGGGGACUUGGUUUGUUAAUGUGAAUUCUGCAGCACCGGUUAAGGUAAACUUUAUUACUACAUACCUGAUUGGGGCGACCUAUGUUGAGUGGAGGGAGACCAAUUAUUUAAGGAGAGACUUCGAAGACGAUGAGUUCAAGACCCAUGAGCUGUACACCAGACAAGUUACGUCACACCCUGUCAACGGACAUGGAAAGCAACUUGCCCCUGGGUAUUACAAGUACCCAUUUGACUACUACAUUCCAAAAGACAACAUGCAUUCCUCUUUCGAAGGGCACCAUGGGGCCACAAGAUGGUUCAUCAAAAUUGAAAUAGGAAGACCAAAGCCAUGUUCCAAUAUUGUCAAAUACAAGUGUUUCACAUAUCUGGCCAAGGUGGAUAUUGAUCUACCCUUGUACGCUAAACCAAUGACUGCGAGUCAAGAGAGGAAGAUUUCUCGUGCCUUUGGAUUCGGGAAUGCUGGGUCAGUAAAACUGACUGCCAGUAUAGACCGCUCUGGAUACUGUCCAGGAGAGUGGGCAUUGAUAACAUUGGACGUAACUAAUGGAACAACCAAAGAUCUGGACCAACCCUCGGCAGCAUUAAUGCAGAUGGUGGAAUUCAAAGGCAAUGGGGAGGAGAAUAUAACUAAAGAAUGUAUUCGGAAACUAGUGGGCACAAAAUUAAACAAGGGCCAGCAGCUGAAAUGGAACAACCGGAAGUUGACUAUAGACCCUGUACCUCCAACGUCUCUACCGAGGUCCUCCUACUGUAUCAAGUGCUUGUAUUACAUUGAGAUCAAGAUCCCCCUUCCUUGUUACAAUGAAGACAUUAAAUUAUUGUUCCCAAUCACCAUAGGAACUGUGCCUCGGAACCACAAGAAAAGACAGAAUGAAAUGUCUCCUCCCAGCAAUGAUGCAUUUAACAACCCAGAUCUUUCAAACAGCAUUACCUACAGAGAACAGGAAAAGUCCACGUCGCGUUUCGAGUACAGCAGCAACACUCUGGAAUUUCCCAACAUCUUGUAUACACCCCUGACAGCCUAUGUCGUAGAGUAUACACCCACAGCAUCUGGAACCGCACACUCCACGUCCAGUCUAAAGAAAUCCUAGAGCUUGACUUCCAGUCAAUGCAGGGAUAGAAAAUGAAAGGAAGAUCAUAUACAGAUAUACUGCAGUAUUACAUUGUAUAAUUCCUGGAAUAAAGAAUUGGAGCAGAAUGUGGUGAUGUCAUACCAAAAAGACAUUAAAAAUUGGAUCAAUUGUGAUUCAAAACUUGUUUGUUUUUUCUUUCGAAGCAAAAAUGUAUUUUGUUAUAAAGUUCAUUUAAAGGUUUAUGUCAAUAGAAAAAAAAUUCUGGUAUGAUAAAAUGUUUGCUUUUAU